AUGCCUGCUCCUGUGGAGGAUGUGCCCACUGCGGAUGCAGAAGAGGGUCCUGCGGGCGGUGGGAAGCCUUUCCGGCGCAUAAACGGACAAGUCUACAUCAUCGACAACGACGAGUAUGUCACCGAGGACGACCCGAAGGGCGACGCAAAGAUCGACCAGUAUGGUAACCUUAUUGGUGACCGCAAGUUCAAAGCGCAGACGUUCCAAUUGCCCAACCGACAUCCCGACCGAAUGUACAUGCUUGCAAUCGACGCAGCACGCACUUCUGGCUUCCGCGACUCGUUGUACUAUUUCCGGCGCAACCCGCUUGCCAUGAAGCUGAACGCGACGCAGGCCGAGAAAGAGUAUCUCAUCGAAGUGGGCAAAUUAGGCUCGCACUUGCGCACACGUAGUGUGACGAUGAUCACCGCACGCAGUGCAUACAAACUGCAUGGUGCCAAGACGGUAAAAGACGGGAAGUGGGUAUUUGACGACUACUACGAGGAUAAAGCGCUGGAGGAGUGCACCGCCAAAGGUCUCAAGCCUGGUGACCCCGUCGACGAGCCCCAGGACACCGCAGCAGCUGCACCAGAGCUCACUGCAAGCAAAGACCGCACAGGUAGCGGGAUCGGAUUGUACCGUGCUGGUGGACCGACUACUAUCUUCGGUGGCUCUGGCUGGGGGCCUUACAGCGACGGCCCGUUGAACGCGGUGCGGAAGAGCCUGCUCACGCGGGAUGGCUUGAACGAAGAAAACUGGAUGUAUGCCGCGGCGCAAAGGACCGCAGAUGCGAGCAGAGAGUGGGCGAACAUGCGCGCGGAGGCGAUGAAGGUAUACGGGGGCACACUGGACGGCAGCUCCAGUCGCGAACAGGAGGCGAGAGACAGGGAGAGGGAGACGGGGAAGAGACGGAAGGUGUGGGACGAAAAGGAGCAGACGCCUCUGGGCGUGUAUGAGCCACACUCCGGAACCGUAUACUACCGUUCGGACACGCAGCCGACGCGAGCACGCUGGGAGCCGGUCGACGACGGGCAGCGCGUUUUGGGAGGGACGAAGGCAGGGAGCCAGGCGUGGGGCCUGGCGUGGGUCGAUACCAUCAUGGAGACGCCACGGCCAGAGGAGAUCGACGAAGAGAAUGCAGUAUUGCGUGGACCUUUCUUGCAGUAUGCCGAGCAACCUCCAUAG